AUGCAUUAUUACAUUAAAAUUAACUGUGAAAAUCCAGUUCAAGAUAUAUUCUCAUUAAAGAACGAAUUCAGGUCUAAAAAACCCUCCAAGUGGUUUCCGAAAGCGCACGCAGACUUACGCUUGGAAGAAAUCUCAGUUAUUUCUAUGGACUAUCAGCAAACUCAUGUCCCAAAGGUAGAUGAAAUCAGUCUGGGCCAUGGGAUUAUUCACUUGUAUAAAGAAAUCCCGGAUAUGACUAGUGAAUUCCGUGGACCUGGACUCCUUCUUGCUAUUUUGGCUAUUCCCCUGUAUAUGUCCCCUUCAGACAUUUUAGGAUUUUUAGGAGAAAAGAAUUGUAGUUCGAUAAGUCAUAUUCGUCUGUUGAGAACGAAAGUUCCUAAUCGGAUUCUUGCUCUUUUGAAGUUCAUUGACCAGGCCAGCGUUAUUCGUUUCUUCUCUGAAUAUAACGGGAAACUAUUUAGUCAAAUAGAACCUGAGACUUGUCGUGUUGUUCAUAUUGAUGGAAUCCAAGUGGAAAGUCCGUCCAACUCCUCUACUCCUUUACUGAACAGUACUUCACAAACAUCGAGUUUCUCUCGUCCCUUGGCACCGCCAACGCCCUCUCUUGUUGAGCUUCCUAUGUGUGUGGUAUGCCUUGAAAGAAUGGAUUCUUCCGUCACAGGACUGAUCACUAUUGUUUGUCAGCAUACCUUCCACUGCCAAUGCUUACAAAAGUGGGGAAAUUCUUCUUGUCCCGUUUGUAGGUACACCCAAAAAAAAGAAACAAACCGUCAUUCUGGGAAAUGCUCUUCCUGUUCAUGUGAAGAAGAUUUGUGGAUGUGUCUUAUCUGUGGUAAUGUUGGCUGCGGGAGAUAUCAUGACGCUCACGCCAAACAACAUUAUAUUGAGUCUAAUCAUUGCUAUGCUAUGCAUUUAGAAAGUCAACGGGUAUGGGAUUAUGCUGGUGAUCGCUACGUUCAUCGCUUACUGCAGUCCGAACUGGAUGGAAAAGUGGUUGAACUCUCGAAUGAAAAGUCAACAGGUGAAAGUUCUACUUCCGAUCAAUUCAAUUUAAAGAUUCGUGAGAAGAUGGGACUCGAAUACACUCAAAUUUUAACUUCACAACUAGAGUCUCAGCGUAUGUUUUAUGAGUCACAAUUGUCUUCAAUGUCUGAAAUGCUUGCUCGUUCAAAUGAAGAAAUUACACUAAAAUCUAAGAUUACCACGGCUUCUUCGAACGCUAAUAAUGAACUUCGUUCACGGAUAGACAUCGCAGAGAGCAAUAUGAAGAAGAAAAAUGACAAGAUAAAAAACCUUUCUUCAGAGAUCAUCGGAUGGAAGCGUAAUUACGACGAAGAAAAGAGUAUAAACGAGAAUUUGUUAUUGCGAAUUCAAUCUCUGGAGGUUAGACAUAACAAGAAAGUUGAAGAAAUCGUCACGAUGCAACAGCAAAUUGGUGAUUUAUCCGAACAGUUGAGAGAUGUAAUGUUUACAAUAUCGGCAUCACAAGAGCUCCAAAAAGUCAAUGAUUCUGAAGACAUUAAGAAUGCGACAGUUGUUAUACCCAAUGCACCAACUACAAGCUCGUCGUCAUCGAAUGCUAAGAAGAAGAAAAAGAAAAAACUUGUGCCCCCUUCAUCAACCAGUUCGUCCUAG